UAAAAUACUUGGCCUAAAAACAAAACAGUUGCUGAGUGAGUUCCUGUAAACUGAAAUGGCAGCAAAAAUAUUAUCACCAAAUCCACAGCUUCUCUGUUCCUUUUCUCUUCGUUCAAAACUUAGUUUCAGAGAGGUGAGGCAGCAGCAAUCAUGGCUGAGGACAGCUACAAAACCCAAGAGACAGGUGGUGGUUGGUGUGUCCAUUCAAGAACCUCUCGUAUCUACUCUUGUGGAAAACAUCAGCAAUUACCACCAAAACACUGAGCCAUUUUAUUUAAUAGCUGACAGUGCAGUGGGCUAUUCUUUGGCUAGCUACUACACUUCUCUUGGUUUAUUUGUCAUAUCUGUUCCUGGUCUCUGGUCUCUCAUCAAACGUUCGGUUAAAUCCAAGAUAGUGCAAAAGACAUUUAUAGGAGAAGGGGAAAGUAUGAAGGCACCGAAUCAGGUCGCCGGGGAGAUCUUAUCUUUCUUUACUCGCAAUAAUUUUGUGGUCACUGAUAGAGGAGAGACUGUAACGUUUGAAGGAAUGAUGGUUCCGAGCCGAGGCCAAGCAGCAUUGCUCACAUUCUGCACUUGCAUUAGCUUGGCAAGUGUUGCCCUUGUGCUUACCAUAACCUAUCCGGAUAUCGGCAAUAACUGGUUCUGGAUCACCAUCCUCAGUCCACUAGCGGGAGCAUAUUACUGGAAACGAGCAUCAAGAAAAGAGCAAAUUAAGGUUAAAUUGCUGGUUGCCGACGAUGGUACCCUGUCCGAGAUCGUUGUCCAAGGAGAUGAGCAGCAAGUAGACCAAAUGAGGAAAGAGCUUCAGCUUAGUGAAAAAGGCAUGGUAUAUGUUAAGGGCAUCUUUGAGAGAUGAUAUUUGAUCGCUGAAAAGGCUAUUCAAUUUUUCAGU